CUUUCUCGGACAGAAAUCAACUUGGAAAUCUUAAAAGAUGGAUGCACAACUGUCAAGGGCGUCGACAUCAUCAGAAAAAGAAAAGGCAGCUGAAAGUAGGGAUGAUGAUAUAAUUAAAUAUAUACACCUAUAUAGGGCGUUGGUGAAGGGUGAUUUGGGAGGUAUGAAAGCAUAUCUUGAUGUACAUCCAGAUGCAAUAUCGGCUAAGAUCUCCACAUUAGGGGAAACACCUCUUCAUAUUGCUGUUUCGCAUUGCCACGCGGAGUUGGUGGAGGAGCUUCUUGGCAGGAUGGGUCGUGUAGUGAGUAGUAUCAGUAGUGUAAUAGAUGAAUAUGGUGACACGCCCCUUCAUAUUGCUGCCAGGAGUGCUGCUGACACAACCAUAACAUAUGCAUUAGUUCAGCACUCACUGUAA